AUGGGCUGUUGUGUCUUUAAAGACUGCAGCUCCUUGGCUAGUGUGACCAUCCCAGACUCAGUGACCCAGAUUGAUUUCAAUGCCUUUGCAGGCUGCGGCUCGUUGGCUAGCGUGACCAUCCCCGACUCAGUGGAAAGGAUUUUGACAAAUGCCUUUAAAAGCUGCGUCUCCUUAACUUGUGUGACUGUCCCUGAUUGCUUUAUUGAGGAGGAUGCCUUCGCAGGAUGCAGUGCUUUGACUUUGGUCGUUCCCAUAUGUGGAAAAAGGAGAAGGUUGAGGGUUGCCGCCCUGACGGGCUGCAAGCAGAUUCAAGCAAAAUAA